AUCAAAAUCUAGUAGCACCAUUUUCACGCAAAGAAUACUCCAAAACCCUAGCCACUACUCUCCGGCGGCAUUGCGGCGGCGAUAAUUCUUCAAUGGACGACGUUUGCGAAGGCAAAGACUUCUCCUUCCCAGCUCAAGAAGAAAAGAUCCUCUCAUGGUGGGACGAAAUCGAUGCCUUCAAAACCCAACUGGAACGCACCAAACAUUUCCCCGAGUACAUCUUCUACGACGGCCCGCCGUUCGCCACCGGCCUCCCUCACUAUGGCCACAUUCUGGCUGGCACAAUCAAAGACAUCGUGACACGGUAUCAGUCGAUGACGGGUCAUCAUGUGACCCGGAGAUUUGGAUGGGAUUGCCACGGGUUGCCCGUGGAGCAUGAAAUUGAUCAGAAGUUGGGAAUUAAGAGCAGAGAGGAUGUGAUUAAGAUGGGGAUCGGAAAUUAUAAUGAAGAGUGCAGAGGGAUUGUGCAGAGGUAUGUGAGUGAGUGGGAGAAAACUGUGGUUAGAAUGGGAAGGUGGAUCGAUUUUCGGAACGAUUAUAAGACGAUGGAUUUGAAUUUCAUGGAGUCUGUGUGGUGGGUGUUUGCUCAGUUAUUCCAGAAGGGUCUCGUCUAUAGAGGUUUCAAGGUUAUGCCAUACAGUACAGGUUGUAAAACUCCAUUGUCGAAUUUUGAAGCCAAUUCCAACUAUAAGGAGGUUCCUGAUCCUGAGAUAAUGGUAGCUUUUCCAGUAAUCGAUGAUCCAGAUGGUGCAUGUUUUGUUGCAUGGACCACAACACCUUGGACGCUGCCUAGUAAUCUUGCACUUUGUGUCAAUGCUAAUUUUGUGUAUGUGAAGGUCCGCAACAAGUUCAAUGGGAAAGUUUAUGUGGUUGCUGAAUCACGUCUAGGGGAGCUUCCUGUUGAAAAGGCAAAGAAAGCGUUACCUGAUGGAGCUAUUGGUGGUUCUGAAAAUUCAAAUUCAAAACCCAAGGCUUCUGGUGGUAAAGCUAAGAAUGUUGAAACGUAUGAAAUUUUGGAUAAGUACACUGGCGCAUCUCUUGUGGGAAAGAAAUAUGUCCCUUUGUUUGAUUACUUCAAGGAUUACGCUGAUGUGGCAUUUCGAGUUGUUGCAGAUGACUAUGUAACUGAUGAUAGUGGUACUGGAGUUGUUCACUGUGCUCCUGCAUUUGGUGAAGAUGAUUACCGGGUUUGUAUGGAGCAUGGCAUAAUUAGCAAGGGGGAAAACUUGGUUGUAGCUGUGGAUGAUGAUGGUUGUUUUACUGAGAGAAUUGUCGAAUUUAGCGGGCGUUAUGUCAAGGAUGCAGAUAAAGAUAUUAUCCAAGCAGUGAAAGAGAAAGGCAGGCUCGUGAAAUCUGGAAGCUUUACCCAUAACUAUCCCUUUUGUUGGAGAUCUGACACUCCCCUCAUCUACAGAGCCGUACCCAGCUGGUUCGUAGCCGUGGAAAAGAUAAAAGAUCAAUUGCUUGAGAACAAUAAACAGACAUACUGGGUACCGGACUUUGUGAAGGAAAAGCGUUUUCACAAUUGGCUUGAGAAUGCGAGAGACUGGGCCGUCAGUCGAAGUAGGUUUUGGGGUACUCCACUUCCAUUAUGGAUCAGUGAGGAUGGCGAGGAGAUUGUGGUCAUGGAUUCCAUUGCAAAACUGGAAAAACUUUCUGGUGCCAAGGUGACUGACUUGCAUCGUCAUAAAAUCGAUCAUAUAACAAUCCCGUCAAGUCGUGGCCCUGAAUAUGGUGUUCUCCGACGAGUGGAGGACGUGUUUGAUUGCUGGUUUGAGAGUGGUUCUAUGCCUUAUGCAUAUAUCCAUUAUCCAUUUGAAAAUGUUGAACUAUUUGAGAACAAUUUCCCUGGGCAUUUUGUGGCUGAGGGGCUUGAUCAAACUCGUGGAUGGUUCUAUACUCUCAUGGUUCUGUCAACUGCACUUUUUGGAAAACCAGCUUUCAGAAAUCUCAUUUGUAAUGGGCUUGUAUUGGCCGAGGAUGGAAAGAAGAUGAGUAAGAGAUUGAAGAAUUAUCCUCCACCUGCUGAAGUUAUAAAUGAUUAUGGAGCUGAUGCACUACGAUUGUACAUUAUAAACUCUCCAGUCGUUCGUGCUGAACCAUUACGAUUUAAAAAGGAUGGUGUGUAUGGUGUGGUGAAAGAUGUUUUCUUGCCAUGGUAUAAUGCUUAUAGGUUCCUUGUGCAAAAUGCUAAAAGACUUGAAGUUGAGGGACUUGCACCAUUUAAACCAAUUGAUCAACACAUUCUUCAGAAGUCCUCAAAUGUCCUUGACCAAUGGAUUAACUCAGCAACUCAGAGUCUAGUCCAUUUUGUGCGGCAAGAAAUGGAUGCUUAUAGACUGUACACGGUGGUUCCUUAUCUCCUAAAGUUUUUGGACAACUUGACAAAUAUAUAUGUUAGAUUCAAUCGAAAGAGACUGAAAGGUCGAACUGGAGAAGAAGAUUGCAGAACUGCUCUUUCGACUCUUUAUUAUGUGCUUCUAACAGCAUGUAAAUCUAUGGCUCCAUUCACGCCGUUCUUCACCGAAGUUCUUUAUCAUAAUUUGAGGAAAGUUAGCAAUGGAUCAGAAGAAAGCAUUCACUACUGCAGUUUCCCUGCAGUAGAAGGAAAAAGAGGGGAACGUAUUGAAGAAAGUGUGAACCGGAUGAUGACAAUUAUAGAUCUUGCACGCAACAUUCGUGAGCGCCACAACAAACCUCUUAAAGCACCACUUAAGGAGAUGGUAAUUGUACAUCCUGAUGCAGACUUCUUGGAUGACAUUGCUGGUAAGCUGAGGGAAUACGUGCUCGAGGAACUUAAUGUGAAGUCUUUGGUCCCGUGCAACGACACUUUGAAGUAUGCUACCCUGCGUGCAGAGCCUGAUUUCAGUGUUCUAGGGAAAAGGCUUGGUAAAUCGAUGGGUGUUGUUGCAAAGGCAGUUAAGGCAAUGUCAACAGAAGAUAUCUUGGCUUUUGAGAAAGCAGGAGAGAUUACUAUUGCAUCACAUGUUUUGAAGCUUAGUGAUAUCAAGAUAACUCGGGAGUUCAAGCCUCCUAGUAAUGUGAAGGCUGAAGAUAUGGACGCGAAAGGAGAUGGUGAUGUCUUGGUUGUAUUGGACUUGCGUCGGGAUGAGUCUUUGUACGAGGCCGGAGUUGCUCGUGAGAUUGUGAACCGAAUUCAGAAGUUACGGAAGAAAGCUGCACUUGAACCCACCGACUUGGUGGAGGUCUUCAUUAAAUCAUUGGAUGAAGAUAAAACGAAUCUCCAAGAAAUUCUUGAAUCACAGGAACUAUACAUCAGAGACGCACUUGGGUCUUUGUUGCUUCCCUCUGCUUUGCUUCCGCCUCAUGCUGUGGUUCUGGCUGAAGAGAGUUUCCAUGGGAUUUCCAAUCUCUCUUUUGCUAUCACCUUGACUAGACCAGCUCUGGUAUUCAACUCAGAUGCCAUUGUUACAUUGUAUGCUGGCAACACCAAGUCUGCACAUGGAUUACAAACCUAUUUGUUAAUGAGAGAUCACCAUAAUUUGAAGGCAGAGUUUCAACUUGGUAAGGGUAAGCUCAAGAUCAAUUGCAUUGAAGAUCUACCUCCAGUGGAUGUGGCAUUGGGUGAACAUGUAUUCUUGACCGUUGGUGAUUACUUCUCAAGCAGUAAGGGGUCUCUCUGAAUUUUUGUUAUCCUUAUUUCAGUUCGAACUGAAUUGUUAUUGUUUUGAAUGCUCAUCUAGAAAGAUGAGCAUUUUGUGGGGAAUGUUUUUUUGCCGGGAAUUUGUGAUGUUACAACCAUACAGCGAUAGUAUUCUGUAUCUGGAUUUUACCACCCUGUAUUUCCAAAUUUUGUUCAUCCAAAAGGUAAGAGAAGCAAAAA